ACGGAGCGAGAGGCGAGAGGGCGAACAAAAACAGCUUCGACCGACCUCACCGAGUUUCAUUCGAGUCGAGCGUAUUUCGGAAUUCGGUCUGUAGUGAUUUGGGUGUGUCGCUGAACAAAGAAACUAAUCAACAUGAGUGGACAACAGUACUACCCUUACAAGUGCACCCCCACGGUGUACCCAGCGGAGCCCUUCGAGCCUGCUGCGGACGCCGAGACUCUUCGCAAGGCGAUGAAAGGAAUCGGCACCGAUGAGAAAGCCAUCAUCGAUGUCCUUUGCAGACGUGGUAUCGUCCAGCGUUUGGAAAUCGCUGAGACUUUCAAGACCAACUAUGGCAAGGACUUAAUCUCCGAGCUGAAGAGCGAGCUGAGCGGAAACUUGGAGAACGUGAUCGUGGCGCUCAUGACUCCCCUCCCCCACUUCUACGCCAAGGAACUGCAUGACGCCGUCGCGGGGCUUGGUACUGAUGAGGAAGCCAUCAUUGAGAUCCUCUGCACACUCUCCAACUACGGCAUCCGUACCAUCUCUGCUUUCUACGAGCAAUUGUACAACAAGAGCUUGGAGUCUGACCUCAAGGGCGACACAUCUGGCCACUUCAAGAGGCUGUGCGUGUCACUCUGCAUGGCCAACCGUGAUGAGAACCAGGGCAUCGAUGAGGGAGCGGCGAAGGCUGAUGCUGAGGCUCUCGCGUCUGCCGGCGAGGGACAGUGGGGCACUGACGAGUCUGUCUUCAACUCCAUCCUUAUCACACGCUCUUACCAGCAACUUAGACAGAUCUUCGCUGAAUACGAGCAGAUGACCGGCAAGGACAUCGAGGAGACCAUCAAGAAAGAAUUCUCUGGAAGCAUCGAGAAAGGCAUGCUUGCUAUCGUCAAGUGCGUUAAGAGCAAGGUAGGCUUCUUUGCCGAACGCCUGUACUACUCCAUGAAGGGACUGGGAACCAACGACAAGACCCUCAUCAGAAUCAUCGUCAGCCGUUCAGAAAUCGACCUCGGUGACAUCAAGCAAGCUUUCCUUGACAAAUACGGAAAGUCCUUGGAGAGCUGGAUUGCCGAUGACACUUCCGGAGAUUACAAGAAGGCUCUGUUGACUCUUGUUGAAUAGAUUGAGAAUGUGGCCUCUCAAGGUGUCUCCAGACUGCGAUUACCACCUAGUUCUGUAUAAGUUUGUCUGUGUCAAUUUUGUUAGGUUACUAAGUGAUCUGUUAGGGUUACGGUACACUGAGGACUUUACCGACCGGCACUCUCAACAACACUUAAGGUCACAUUGCCAUCUCCACUAACGGCCAGUUUCGUCUUCAGUGUGCCACGUCUUUAGGUUAUCCGCGACGGGUAUACACUUAAAAAGAUCUGUAUAUUUUGCUUCCUAUUAGCCUUACUCACUGUCAUGUAAUUCUUUGCACUGUAGCUAACCGCUUCGUGUCGUGUUAUGCAUGAGGGUAGCGGAACACGUCCGCCUGUGCGUGUCCCUUUGACCUAGUUUUACAAGUAGAUGUUACAAUUUUUCAGGAGGACUUAGGAGGUCCGCUCGGUGAACUCCUGUCGACAAUGUGUUACUAAAGCCUCACCAAUGCUUACAUAUAACACUCAGUAUUACGAGCGCCAUAUGUGUGACAAUGCUGCAGUGUGAAGUUUUAUUCUAAUCACGACACGCGUGUCAGCAUAUUAUCGACCGAGUACAAUAAACCUCGUUGCAUUUUAAAGACAUUUAUUUUAUUAUUUAUAGAUAUCUUCGUAAGAUAUUUUGUGAUACACUUUCGAAUAACGUGAAACUACAAUCAUAAGUAAUGGGCCAGUUUCUUUUGUAUUUUAGCAAACUGUGCAAGCGGUAGAUUUAUCUAAAUAUUCUUUCCAGGAUGACCUAUCGAGUGACUUCGGAAAUGUGCUAGUCACACUUUGUGCUUAAUCCUGCAGAAUGAAUUAUAUUUUUUUAUUAAAGUUAUUAUUUUUUAUACAAGUAACUGUAUGGCUUGGCAUGCUGUUUUGUAUAAACUGAGCUAACGUUACAAAGUACAAUGUAAUGAUUUGCAGGACGAUACGAAAGGCGACUACAAACGCGUGUUACUCACUCUAGUGUCGUAACAAAGUGAACGCAUAAUACUUCGCGAUGAAAUCCUACUGGAUACAGUUCCGUAAAGUUCCAUUACUACUUAAUACUGCCUAUACAUUGUAUAACUGUUGAGAUGUUAUAGAAAUUAAAGCUUGAUAUUUUUGUGAAAAAUGAGAUAUUUAUUGGUGCUGUAGUUUCGUUUACAAUAUACACAUAUUUACAUUUAAUAAUUAAUUAAACUACUAUGUAUGUUC